AUGAUACAUUUUACUGACAAAGAUGGAAACUGAAUACGUGAUAGCUGGGUUUGCUUGGAAACCUGAGGCUCACAUGAACACGAAACAAGUGGAACUUCUAAUAAGCAAAGCGGAGGAUAUCUAUCAGGACCAUUUUGAUCGCAACGAUGUUCUGGUUCACAGUGUGAAAUAUUCAACUUACAAUUUGGAGCAGUGGAAUUCAGACGGAGGAAGCUUUUGUGUCUGUCCAUCUCUUGAACCAGGAGUUUAUCAUUUCGUAUUUCGCGUGGACAAUGGUGAAGAAAAAGAAUUGAAAAUUUCUGAUUAUUACGAUCGAACCUUUUUGGGCAAUGGCCGUGCAGUGAAUUACAUCGAACUUAUGAAGUGUUCAAAUACAGAUAAACCAGCUGUGGUUAACAGCAACAGAAAAUCAACGCGAUCAUAUGUUGACGCCUCAAAUGUGACUCAAUCCAUAAGCAGUGAAAGAAGCCACCUGGACAAGAAGAGUAAUGGCAGUACAAACUCAUAUUCCCAGCAUGACUCUCAACGUAGAUCGUGCACUUUGUUAUAGCUAAAAUUUGUCUUUGAUAAUUCCUCCAAAUGGUUUACUUACUGACAGAGACUUUGGCUACCUCUUGCCGGCAAGGUGAUAUUCAAGAUACCAUUAGUCCAUUUGCAGGCCUUGUUAGUUGUGUGGUAAAUCAUGAUAUCUUGUAACACUCAAAUUACUUUACCUUUUUUUUAGUAUUAAUAGUUGUUUCCUUUUUAUGUUUAUGAUGAAAUGAUUGACAGAUUUUGUCACUGGCAAUUUUAAGCACAGGAUUUUUAUUGUUUAGGGAAAUGCAAGAACAUGAUAGAAUUUUAACUUGUGUCAUUCAAAAAUGUUAUUAUGGAAAUCAUGGAAAUUUUAUGAAAGGCCGAUAACAAACAAGUUAGGGAUAAAUUUAAAUGUAGAAUGAUCAAGCUCCUUUUAUGGGUCUUUUAGCUGAACAAAUGUAUCUCUAAAUCAGGAUUUAGACUAAAAAUGUUAAGUAAAAAUGGAGAACUCCUUUGGUGGACCAUGGAGGUGAAGAGAACUGGAUAAGGAUCUGUUGAAAGAUUGGAGGAAAUUACUCUGAUUAGAUAGGAUAGGAUUUGGUGAUGUUAACUACUAUGGACUCUUAACCAUGUACAUGUAGAUCAGAUUUUAUCAAGAAGUGGGUAUUUCAUUUUAUUUUUUACAAUAUGUAUUAUUAGGAGAAAUAUCAUCAAAAGUAGUAUGAUCUGUGUACAUGUAGGAAAAAAUAAUGAUGUGCAAAAUUGGGAAGUGAGGUUUGUUGAUUACCUGUGCUGUAUGAGUAAAUUACUAACACUGACCAACAGUAGAACUUCUUUUUGCAGGUGUUUUUUCAUUACACUAACUAAUCAGUGAUUUAGCAUUUCAAGCAUUAUACCCUAGUUGCAUGCAUAUACUAGGCAACAGUUAAAGUGCUGCUCCAUGCCACAUCAAUCCUUCAAACAGGCUAUGCAAAAUAGUAUGCAAGAAAUUUGGCAAUAAUUAUUCUGCCAUUACAGCAUUACAGCUCAACAUGGAAAGGGAUACCAUGGCAUUUGGAUACUAUGUCAUUUAAAUCUACAUACCUGUAGAAUCGCUUCAGUCAUCUAAAAUUUCAAUUUUUAACAAAUUUACGUUUUGUUAUUGUUUUAUGUGUUCAUGAUGAUCACAUUAGCAAUAAUUUAUCUGAACAACCUGUGCUCAUCAGGUUGUUUUUCUAGCUAAUGCAUCUUUGCAUUGCCAUUUACAUCUAUGAACGUUACUCUGAUUGAAUGCUAUCACUACUUUGUUCACCCUGUAGCUAGAACAAUGUUUGUUUUCUUUUUUGUUUCUGAGGAAACAAAACAAAAAUAUUGGUAAUUAUUACAACCUACAGAUACCAAAAAAGUUAUUUACUACAACAUUUGAGAAAACAAAGACCCUAUGUUUACAUAAUUGUCCAAAACAUGUUUCCUCAACACGGUGAGCCAGACUGAGACAAUAAUGACCUGAAAUAACAAAUAGACCAGAAUGGAUGAGAACGAAGCAUAAUGUUCAGGACUAACCAGCAAAUAGCCUCAAGAAUGAAGAAAACACCCUACCACGAAUGAACCAAAUAACGCAGUGAACAAUACAGUCAGUGUAUCUCAGACUGUCUCAGCAUGCCAGAAGUUUUCAGGAGAGUGUCAAGAUUGUCUCUUUUUUUGGGGGG